AAGAAACGGGCAUGUGGGCGCCGGCUUUCGACGCCGCCAGCGGAUGCACAUACUACGUGCACACACGCACGGGCGAAAGCGUGUGGGACAUCCCACCGGGCGACGAGGUGUCGGCGCCGGAGCCGCCGGGCGACGCUUGUGGACACGACGCUGCGACGUCGACGUGGCAGUUUGGCGGCGUUGAUGACGACGGGCAAUUCUUCUUUGUGCAUACCGCGACCGGCGCUCGCGUCCGGCAUCUUCCGUCCGAUACUAAUGCGGACGAAGAGACAACUGCAGUUGCCGGUGGUGACACCAGCCCUAGCGACACUGCGCUGCCCGAGCUCGCGAGCGGCGUCGAUCCCGACGUGCACGCGUGCCUGGUGGCGCUGCUUCAAGGCGUCGAGACGCACUUGGGGCCGUGGCUGCGGCGCAAGCAGCGCAACUCCAAGGCGCUUCAACGUAGCAAGCAGCGGCGCGCGUCGCCACCGAAAGUGCGCACGCUGUCCACGCCGUCGCCGAACCAGCAGCAGCACGCGCCGCAAUCGGACGAAAUCGAGGUUGAAGUCGCCAAGAUCCAAGCGCGGUUCGUAACGCGGCGCGCCCGCCUCGUCCAGAAAGCAAUCGCAACCGAGCGCACGCGCCACAUGACACGCCGCCUCAUGCACCGUGCGACCAACGGCCUCGACGUCCACGGCAAGAUCCACCUCCAAGUGCCCGAGGUGGACGCGCCCAAGACUCUGUACGAGAGCGAAGAGCGGGUCGCGCUGCGUACUGGAGCGACACGGGCGCUGGAGCGGGUGUUUGUCCAUAUGGACCCGCACCAGAACGGCAAACUCAGUGCGUUGCACAUUCUGUACUGCCUCGCAACCGAGCCGUGCCUCGAGGCCGCUGUGGCGCAGAGACGAGGCCUGCAUUUGCUCGUGUCGUCGAGCGACAUGCAGGCGCUCCUCCUCAAUCUCGGUGUCGUCGACGUCGACAUGUUUGUGUACUUUGUCGAUGUCGCGGAAGAAAUCUCCGAGCACAUUCAGCACCUGAAAGCGGCGAUUGAGGUCGCGGGCCUCGGCAUCGUCGCGCCCGAACUCGCAACGUGGGAGAGCAGCCUCUCGAACGUCAAGACGCCCGAGACGAUCGAGUACCCAAACAGAAAGCUCGUGCUGCUCAACCACCUCGUGCGCUCGUUCAGCCACGCCAUGGAGGCACUUCUAGGACAGCUGCAGCCUCUGCUCUUGCUCAGUCAAGAACUACCACCCAACGCGCCUCUUUGGGAGUACAACCACAAGCACGUUUACAUUCAGCUAUCGUCGAGCCUUCCGUUCUACUGCUGCAUGUGUCGCCGCAACCGAUUUCGACUCGGGAAACUCCGCCAAUACCAAGACGAAGAGGCCUACCGGCGCUCAUGGGGGCGGCUCCUCGCAGACCGCAUGGCCGACAUUGAACAGGAUCUCAAGGUCGCGAUGGACCAAGCACCACGAGCCGUCGCCACCGUGCGGCACCGAGGCGAUCCGCACAGGCUGCGAUUCGCGCAACAACAAGGCGCGGCCGUCGCAGCGAGCGUCGUAGAAGACCUCGUCGCAGCUGUCGAGCUUCUGCACCGCGAUAUCAACGCGCCCAGUUGUCCAAGUCGGCAUGACCACAUCUUUAUUCGGGACUCCAAGUGGCUCCUGCACAAGCUCACGCGAGCACGCGAAGAGGUAGAGCUCCAAGAAUACGAACGCAGCUGGCUCUUUGAAGAAGACGAAGCAGCGCACGACUUGAUGGAGAACAUCAAGGUCUCGAUCGAGGCACCAUUGGCCCAUAUCCAAGAGAGCGGACACAAGGAGUUUCUGCGGCUUUCCCACGCGUGUACGCUUCCGUCGAUCUUCCUCCAGCGACUGCACUACGACCGGCUCUUGGCCGCGCGCCCUACGACGGGACAGCUCGUGCUGCGCAUGUUUGAUAGUGCGACCAGCACGUACUGCGUUCUCUACAUUGCAUCGUGCACGACGUCGCGGGAAGCGGCCUUUCUCGUCGAGACAGCGCAGUGCAUGCAGGCGCGACUGAGCGAAACCAACCUCGUUGCUGUCCACCACGCCUUCUCGUGCGUGUACCAGCAGUUUGCAGCGAUGAACGGCAACCUCAACGAGUGCUGGCCGGUCACGUUCGUCGCGCUCCAAGACUGCAUCCUUGGUGAGUACUUGACGUCUGCGCCGUCGCCGCUGCCGCAAGCCGACGUGCUCUCCAUCAUGACUACGGUGGCGGCAGCCCUGACGUCGCUGCACAGCCAAGGCAUCUUGCACUUAAAUUUAACGCCGUCCAACUUGUACCGCACGCGGGAUGAUCAGCUCAAAGUGGGUGGCCUCCUCCUCUUCAAGACACCGUACAGCGAGUCGGACGUCGCCGCAGGUAUGCAUCGAAUGGCGCAUUUGCUCGCACCGGCCAUUGUGCCUCCGAACGACGACGCUGUCUCUGAAAAGACAGACAUGUGGGCCCUCGGCUGCCUCCUCUACUACCUCAUGACUGGAUCCAAUCACAUGUGCAAACUCAAGCCGCUGUCGAUCCUCAUGAACGAGAUUCCUCUGCGCUACGGCACAAGUCUCCGCACGUGCCUCCGCAUGCUUUUGCAGCCGACGGCAAAGCACCGCCCGUCGGCCGCGGACAUUUUCAACUUUCUAUCGCUUGCGAGCCCCGACGAGGCGCCCAGUAGCAUCCCGAGUCUUGCGCACAAAAAGAAAUCGACCCCCGAGCUCGAGCCGCUGCGUCCUGUGUAGAGUGCCCUGACGAUAAACACAC